GAGCGGCCUCCUGGGAUGCCGCCUCCUGACGCAGCUCCUCCCUGCCCGCCGUGGCUCCGCUGCAGGCCGCCUGCCGCCGCCUCCGCGCAUGUGCCUCAGGCUUUCGUAGCGGCGACGACAGCGGCAGCCGCGGAGACCACCACGACGACGCCGGGGCUUCCGCCUCCUCCCAUGGCCGGGACGCGCUGGGUGCUGGGCGCGCUGCUCCGGGGCUGCGGCUGUAGCUGCAGCAGUUGCCGCCAGACCGGCGCGGCCUGCCUGCCGCUGCGCCACGCCGCCUCAGUCUCCUCCUCAGCCGCCGCCGCCGCCGCCUCCUCCUCCACCGGUUCCCUCGGCCUCUCCGGCCGCCGCCGCCUCCUGUUCUUGCUCGGGGCAGCCACGCAGAGCCGCGGGUUCGCCGGCUCCGCCGGGCCUCUGCCCGGCUUCGGCGCCCUGAGGAGCUCGCUGCUGCCUCCGGCCCUCGCGGGGAGAUGCUACAGCCAGGAGCACAGCCCUCCAUUUCAUGAUGAAUAUCCGCCUCUCUCAGAGUAUGACCCAUCUCCAACUAAGUCAUGUGGCGAGGAAGAUGAUGUGUAUCUUAUUCGGGCCCAGGGUCUGCCUUACUCCUGCACCGAGGAAGAUGUUCUCAACUUUUUUUCAGGCAGCAAGAUUCGAAAUGGUGUGAAUGGCAUCCACUUCCUCUUAAACCGAGAUGGCAAACGCAGAGGAGAUGCUUUGGUUGAACUGGAGUCAGAACAGGAUGUGCAAAAUGCCUUGGACAAGCACAGAAGAUAUCUGGGUCAGCGUUAUGUGGAAGUUUUUGAAAUACAUAAUGAGGAUGUUGAUGCCAUCAUGAAGAGCUUGCACUCCAGUUCAACAUCUGUGACAAAUGAUGGAGUGGUGAGACUGAGAGGCCUUCCCUACAGCUGCAAUGAAAUGGAUAUUUCUGAGUUCUUCUCAGGUUUGACAAUAGUUGACAUAACAUUUGUCAUGGACCAGAGGGGAAGAAGGAAAACAGGAGAAGCAUUUGUGGUGUUUGCUACCCCUGAGAUGGCUAAUCAAGCCUUGUUGAAGCAUAAGGAGGAAAUUGGGAGCCGAUACAUAGAAAUAUUCCCAAGCCAAAAGAGUGAAAUUCGAACACACAAUGGCUUUUUCCGGGGCAAGAUGAUGGGCUAUCCCACUCUGAAACAAGAUUCCGAAUCUGUUUUUGACGAAAGUGAGUUGAAUGAGGCCUUAAGACCGACUGCUGUGUAUGAAAGUGAUAAAGAAAAUGAAGUUUUUAAGCAAGCAUUUGAAAAGCCUCGGGAAGUGUCGGAGUCUGGGAGUUUCUCCUCGCUUCACUUUGUUCAUUUGAGGGGUCUGCCAUUUCAAGCAACUGCACAAGAUAUUAUAAAUUUCUUUGCUCCCCUGAAACCGGUGAGGAUCACUAUGGAAUAUAAUUCAAGCGGGAAAGCAACCGGAGAAGCGGAUGUUCACUUUGAGACACACGAAGAUGCGAUUGCAGCCAUGGCCAAGAACAGGUCAAACGUGCAGCAUAGAUACAUUGAAUUAUUCCUGAAUUCAUCACCAAGCAGAAAAAAUGGUUGCCAGUGACGAUGGCAUAAUUCCCAAAGUAUAGGAUAAAUCAAGAUGCAUUUCAUUUGCACAUUUUCCUAGAGCUGGAAUAUAGGCGUUCCCGUAACCAGCAAGGAUAAAUUCUAAAGGACACUUUUUCUCCUGAAUUGCCUUUCAAAGUAAAUCUAGCAGCUGCAGCUGCAACCCCACAAAUCGUUUGUGCAGGAUCUGUUUAAAACCAAAAUUAAAGUUGAACUGUCCUUAA